AUGACGCCCUCGCCCGGUCCCCAGAUCAACACCACAGAAGUGAAGCGGCCUCGCUCCAGCCAGACCGUCUCCUUCUCCGUUGACGAAGGCAACAACUCCUCCAUCCAUGGAUCCGACUCGACAAGCCUUCAGUUGGCCGUUUCCGAGUGCAUAGAGACAACAACCACCACCACCACCACAACUACCAAACGCACAUUUCCGCCCGUCUUCCUGCGCGAAGUUCGUCCUCUCCACGAACUCGAUUCCAAGGAGUAUCCCCUCGCCUCUAAGCCUUUACCCCCCGAACUCGCAAACUUCUCUUUCAGCGUCUCGGGCUCUUCUUCCGAUGGCGCAGUCGACAAUCCUUUUGUUGCGAAAAAGCAGCGCAAAGCACCGCUUGCAGCCGAAAGGCAACCCGCAGGCCUCCUCAAAGAAGACGAGUCGAGCCAAGAAUCUCCCAGACGCACAUCCAAGUCGCCUUCAGAUGCCCAUCAAAGAAGAUCUCGUCGCUCGAAUCCCCGGGAAAGGGAAGUCUCGCCGUCCUACAACGCGUCGCCCGUUCUGCCUUCGAGACCCUCUAGGAACCCCAGACCGACAGGUCUCUCCAUACCCGAGGACGCUUCGCAACGCCUCCGACGCCAGCUCAUGAGGGGCAGACCGUCCGGCUACUUGGCUACCCCAGACACGUCCGAAGUCGCUGGUUCAAGCUCAGAGCGUGUGACGCGACCCCGGACCCUUCAGCUGAACCGCUCCAGUCAUACUCCUCCCGAGUCGGGACCGAGCCAAACAAAUCUGCAGGAAGCUGAGAGUCCCAUCGGAAGCGAUGCACUCACCGUCUUCAGCAGCAACGUCGCCACUCCACCCAUCACUGAUGCCGACCCCGAGCCAUUUGUGGACAUCGACGAGUCGCUUCAGCAGUCUCUUCGAGCCGUUGGACACCGACCCUCCAUCGACGCCGUGGCUGCACAGGAUGCGAGCCUGCCUAGUCCGAGACUUUCGCCUACACUAGCAGCCGCUCAACUGAAUUCGAGAGACUCCGAUGAUGAAGAUACAGAGUCGCCUCAGAGCAGCAUCGUCGCCCGACGAAAUGUCAGCUUCCGCGACCAGGCCUGGUUGAAUGAAUCACAGACCACCGAGGAGGGUGGCUACGUCUCCGACAUGUCCAUCGUCGUCGAUGACAGCUCCUUCCAAGCCGAUAAUCUCGACGCUCACACCGCCAUGCUUGAUACCCGCAACAUGAUGGAGAGAUUUGAUGCCAUGCCCAACGAGAUGAAAAGCUUCCUCAUGUACAACCUCCUCCGCCGAUGCCCGAGAAAAACACUCCGCCUCGUCGCCGACGUUGUCACCCCUGCUUUAAAGUGCGAUUUCUUCAAGCAGCUCCCGCUCGAGUUGAGCUUCCACGUACUGUCGUUCCUCGACCACCGCGACUUAUGCCGAGCUGCACAGGUCUCCAAGCACUGGCGCAAUAUUGUGGACACGAAUGAAACUGGGUGGAAGGAGCUGUUUGACCGUGAUGGCUUCACGCUCCCCCCGGGUGAGCUCGACAAGGCUAUUGCUCAGGGUUGGGGCUGGCAAGAUCCCGUUGGAGUUACUGGGGCCGAGGUUGACUUGCGACCAUUAAGCCGAUUGGACUCGGCUGACAACGAACUCACCAAAUCCGUUGUCAAGGCUGAUUCAACGAGUAGGCUUCGCAGCUCUAAACGCAAGAGGGCACUCAACUUGUCCAGCGCCGAUAGAUCGAAACGUAGAGCAAGCGGACAGGACGUGGCGCGGUUGGAUGCGAUGCAGUCCGAGGUGAAGCAGCACAAGUCUGAGGGACCGCUUUCAGCUGCCAAUGCGGCCGCGGCUGCUGUGCCCAAUCCCAAGACCAGCAUCCCGGGGCUCCAGAAGUUGCACCUCUUCAAGUCCCUUUAUCGUCGCCACUACAUGAUUCGGCAAAGCUGGACGAGCGGAAAGGUCAAGCCCGGGCAUGUUGCCUUCGCUGCCCAUCCCCGCCAUGUCAUCACAUGCCUGCAGUUUGAUGAAGACAAGAUUAUCACUGGAAGCGAUGACACCCUGAUUCACGUCUACGAUACCAAUACUGGCAAGCUACGAAAGAAGCUCGAAGGCCAUGAAGGCGGUGUCUGGGCUUUGCAAUACGAAGGCAACAUGCUCGUCUCAGGAUCUACCGAUCGAUCUGUCCGUGUCUGGGAUAUCGAGAAGGGUCUUUGCACGCAGGUUUUCUACGGCCACACUAGUACUGUCCGAUGCCUUCAGAUCCUCAUGCCUACCGAGAACGGAAAGGGGCACGACGGAAAGCCCGUCAUGAUGCCGCCAAAGCCGCUCAUCAUCACGGGAUCCCGUGAUAGCCAACUCCGCGUCUGGCGUCUUCCUGAGGUCGGCUCUCGCAGAUACAUCCAGACCGGCCCUCCAGCCAACGAUGCUGAUUGUCCCUACUUCAUCCGAACGCUCUCUGGACACACACACUCCGUGCGUGCCAUUUCUGCACACGGGGACACUCUUGUCAGCGGAAGCUACGACAGUACCGUUCGCGUCUGGCGUAUCAGCACUGGCGAGUCGCUUCACGUUCUGCAUGGUCACUCCCAGAAAGUCUACAGCGUGGUCCUCGACCACGAACGUAAUCGAUGCAUCUCAGGCUCCAUGGACUCGCUAGUCAAGAUUUGGGACCUGAACACUGGUGCCUGCCUGCAUACUCUGGAAGGGCACAGCUUACUCGUCGGAUUGCUUGACUUGCGCGACGAAAGACUUGUAUCGGCAGCCGCCGACAGCACUUUACGCAUCUGGGACCCAGAGAAUGGCAAAUGCAAAAAUGUACUCACAGCCCACACCGGCGCGAUUACGUGUUUUCAACAUGAUGGCCGAAAGGUCAUUUCUGGAAGCGAGAAGACGGUAAAGAUGUGGGACAUUCGCACCGGUGAGUGCGUGCAAGAUCUGUUGACCGACCUGAGCGGUGUUUGGCAGGUCAAGUUUGACCAGAGGCGCUGCGUCGCCGCUGUCCAGCGAGACAGCUUGACUUAUGUCGAGAUUCUCGACUUCGGUGCUGUCCGCGACGGCAAACCUCUCUCGGAGCUGGGCGAACGCAAACUCCUCAACGAGCCAGAAGUUCGCGCCCUUCUGGCCGAAGACUUAUAA